AUGGAUCUUUUCAAUCUCAACGCCCGUCUCCGUACCAUCAGUAGUGCGCGGAAAGAACUUGCCACGAAAGGCGUUGUUGAGAACCUCAUUUCGAAGUUGCAGAUCGUCAUGGCGGCCGAAAUGGUUGCGGAAAACUGGCUCGCCUGUACUCAACAUUCACAGUUCAUCGCCAAAGUCUUGCAACCCGCAGACGGAGAACCUCCUCAACUCCGUGAAGCGACCAGACACGCUUUCUUACACAUGGAUGUCGAGCGAGCAAUUGCCACGGGUACACGUCCAUUGCUCGACUUGUCCACUUGGUAUUAUGAAAGACAUGCUCUCGAUACUUGGUCAUCCGAGUUGCUGCUAGAUCCCUCUGUCAAUUCUUUCAGCCUAGAUGACCUUGACCGCCUGGCAAUCGGUGAUCCUACCCUUAACUCUCUUUUUGCUGAGAUCAGGUAUCUCGAUCAUCUUCUCCGCCAUCCUACCACAGCCACGGAGCUAUCUCAGGCAACAGCAUUCCAGCUUUCCACUGCCAUCGACAUCCUCAAUGGCAAGCUGUUGAGCUUCUCGAUCCCUAUCAUUGAAACUGUAAGUGUAGAAGCUCACGAGCUACGUCCCAGCCAUUUCGACUCUUUCUAUGAUGUGCCAUCUGGUUCAGCGAUGCUAGACAUGCCUGCUCUCACCAACACCGUGCCUAACAAGCUACAAAUCUCAGAACAAACAUCUCCGAAGACCGCCUCAACUUCUACCCCUUCCUCCGUCGGUCUCAUCACCACUACCAUCCAAUCCGCAACGACGCCCUACCUCGACCCCGGACCUCUUUCCCCCACUCCAUCCACAUCACCCGACGCCAUUACCUCUACCACCACCCAUACAACCCUCUCUCAUCUCCAUGCCACACAAUCCGCCGCCGCCGCCCUCGCCGCCCUCUACUACCUCCGCCUCCGCACCCGCCAAGAAUACGCCGGCCCGCUCCACCCCGUUCCCGAGCCCCAGCUGAUGGAAUGGUUCUGCGCGCAAGCCCCACGUCUACACAUGCGCAUGCAGACCCUGCUGGAAUCAUCCGAGGAGGCGCUGCGAGCUUUGUUGAUCCUGCAUCACUCCACCAGCACCACCAAGGGUGCCGGCGCCAACACCACCACCACCCCACCAACGGCGAAAACCCUCCACCCGGUCCUCCGCCUCCGCCUCUGGAUCCUCCACAUCGGCAGCGUGAUGGAGGAAACCGCCGACUUCGGCGCCGUGGGUCUGCAGCGACCGCCGGACUACCAUCGGCGCGCGAUGCGGGAGUUGUUGGCGUUGACGGGCUUGGAUCGCGAUCAGGAUCAGGAUCAGGAUCAGCAAGAGAUAAGGGGAGGGGAAGGGGGAGUGCAGGUCGUGGAGGAGAUUUUGGCGAGGUUUCUGUGUUUUGGGGGUGGGGAGAAGCAGAAGCACAAGCCCAAGCACAAGCAGCCGCCGUUGGAUGUCUAUGGGCCGCGGUGGUUGAGUCCUGUGCUGCGGACGUGGGGGCUGACGAACUGGAAUGGGGAGGUCGUUGUUUGA